ACACAACCAAAUGUGGAAUAAGUCAAGAGGUAUGAAUGCUUUCUGAAGGCACAGUAGGAGAUCUAAAUCGUUACUACAGGAUUGCAGAAGUUUGUCUAUUCAUAAAAGCAUAUUUUGCCACAGGUUUUCACAGCUAGAAUCAUCAUGUUGACUAGGGCUUACCUGAGGAAAAUGAAACCAAACUCUCCAUACUUAGACAACUUUCUUGACACUGGUGAACAUCCCGAGGAUCAAAGAACAUAUGUGAUGUUCCAUGGCACCUCAAUAGAGGCUGCAGAGCUGAUUAAGAAGAAUGGCUUCAUACCAUCAAGUGCAGAUAGAAUGCUUGGUGCUGGUGUUUAUGUUACUCGGGACAUCCAAAAAGCCUGUAAAUACCCUCCUGGUGUUUCCAACUCCAAGAGAAGAGUACUAAAAGUCAGAGUGGAUGUAGGGAAGGUGAAGAUCAUAGAUCAGCAGAAGCACCCCAUGCAGAGGACCUGGCACACCGAGCAUGGAUAUGACACCGCCUGGGUUCCACCUGGGGUCAAUAAGGUAGAAAGCAACCAACAGGAGAACUGUGUCUACGACCCAAAGAGAAUCACAGUCAUGGAGGUUAUGAAAGUAAACAAAAAGACAAUAUCUAGAUACCGUCAUCUUCAGAGUGGAGUCACCCCUGAGGACAGCCACGUCUAUGUGAUGUAUCAUGGAACAUCCAAAAAGAUUGCUGUGGAAAUACAGAGAAAUGGAUUCAAACCAUCCACAGAUGGCAUGCUUGGUGCGGGUGUCUAUGUCAGUCGAGAUAUCAGAAAAGCCAUUAAAUACCCCAUUGGUGCUGAUGACUCAGACAGGAUGGUUCUGAAAGUGAAGGUGGAUGUUGGCAGGGUUAAGAUCAUUGAUGUGCAGGGUCACGACAUGCAAUACAACUGGCACACUAAGCAUGGGUAUGACACUGCCUGGGUUCCACCUGGUGUUGACAUGGUGACGAGCAACCAAGAGGAAGACUGUGUCUACGACCCAAAGAGAAUCACAGUGUUGACAAUGCUGAAAGUGUCCACCAUGAAAAUGUUAAACCCGUCACUGUAGAACUGAUGGCAUUCUGCAUUCAGAGGGAGCAUCCAGCAUCAACUCAUGGUCAUCAGAAGAGGAUGGUUAGAAUCAGACGGUCCCCCAUAAAGCAGUUCAUAGGAAGAGGAUGCUUUAUUUUGCAGGCCCACACGAUGAUUUCACAUGGCAAUCUAUAUGCAAUCAAUCAUAUAACCUUAUCAUAUCAAAUAUGUGUCAUAUUUACUUCAUGUAAAUAAUGCAUGUGUAUCAAUGAUCCUUGUUCCUAUAAUACAUCUCAAAUAAACACGUUUCCCACAUUGUU